UAACCGCUGGCUACAUAUCAUAUUCAUUAUUAUAAUAGUUGUAUGUAAAAUACUAAAUUCCAAGAAGAAAAUAUAUAAAAGAUAGAAAUACAUAACAUAUAAAAGAAGGUUUUUAAUGGCAAUUAUGGAAUGCAAAACUUAAAAAGAUGGAGUCCAGCUAUUGGGCCCACAUUGGGCCUAUAGCAAAUCAAAACCGUCCGAAUGGCCCAUCUUUGAAUUUUGCCGGCCCAUACUGGUUCAGCUCCUACCCUUUUUAAACCUCUUCCUUCUCGUUCCCUGUUUUCCCACUCUCAACUCUCUUACCUUCUUCAACUUCUUCUACUCUCUCUACUGGAUCCACACUGUUCAAAUCUCGCCGGGGCCACAAUGGACCUGACCGUCGACGAUCUCGCCGACGACUUGGACAGUCUAAGCUUCAACUCAACGACGACCGCCACCACCGCCGUCGAGACGAAGCGGAGCACGAGUUCCGGUUCCGAAACGACUACUCGGACGACGUCUUCGAGCUUCUUAUCUUCUUCAAUUAAGCCGCACGCGCCUUCAUCCGAUCCUCGUUGGGAGGCGAUCCAGCGCAUGAGGAGAAAAUCCGGCGACGUAGUCGGCGUUGUCGGCGGUGGCGAAGAUCUCGGACUAGGCGGUCUCCGAUUCGUGCACAGGCUGGGGAGCGGCGACAUCGGGAGCGUGUACCUGGUGGAGCUUAAAGGCGGGAACGGGUCCAUGUUUGCAGCCAAGGUGAUGGACAAGAAAGAGCUCGCGAGCCGAAACAAAGAGAGCCGCGCGAGGGUGGAAAGGGAAAUACUGGAAAUGUUGGAUCAUCCUUUUCUCCCGACGCUUUACGCUACGCUCGACUCCGUCCGGUGGUCUUGCCUUCUCACGGAGUUUUGCCCCGGCGGCGACCUCCACGUCCUCCGCCAGCGUCAACCGGAGAAACGCUUCAGCGAAGCCGCUGUCCGGUUUUACGCUUCGGAAGUAGUGGUUGCACUGGAAUAUCUCCACAUCAUGGGAAUAAUCUACCGAGAUCUCAAGCCCGAAAACGUGCUAGUACGAACAGACGGUCACAUCAUGCUCACGGAUUUCGAUCUCUCCUUAAAAAACGAUAACUCCACCUCAACAGCCCAGCUCAUCUCCGACCACCACCGCGACACUCCUCCGGUCACCGCCCACUCGUCCGGCGAUUACGUCAUUGACCCACCACCUUUCGCCACGUCAUCGUGCAUUCUCCCAAACUGCAUCGUCCCCGCCGUUUCGUGCUUCCGGCCGAAGCGCAAGCGAAAAAAGAAGCUCGGUCACGGCGGACCGCCGGAGAUCGUGGCGGAGCCGAUGGACGUUCGGUCGAUGUCGUUCGUCGGGACCCACGAGUACCUUGCGCCGGAGAUAGUAUCCGGCGAAGGUCACGGCAGCGCCGUCGAUUGGUGGACACUUGGGAUCUUCAUAUUUGAGCUGUUUUAUGGGGUGACGCCUUUUAAGGGUUUCGACCAUGAGUUAACCUUGGCUAACAUCGUGGCUCGAGCCUUGGAGUUCCCCAAGGAGCCGAGUAUACCUGGCCCAGCUAAGGACUUGAUUACGCAGCUGUUGGUUAAGGACCCUACGAGGAGGAUGGGUUCCACCAUGGGGGCCACGGCUAUUAAGCACCACCCCUUCUUUCAUGGGGUCAAUUGGGCUUUGUUGAGAUGUACGUCACCUCCUUACGUCCCUCGACCGGUUAAGUACUCUGAUUUUGUCCCUGUCGACGAAACCACAGAUAAAGAUAAUUCUGUAGAGUAUUACUAGUCAACAACGUACCCUUUUAAAAAAAAAGGAUGGGGAUCAUGAGAAGAUAAGGAGAGGUUCACUAAUACAAUUAGUUUGUGAUUAUGUAUGUAUAUUCUCUUACACACCACCAAAAUUCAUAUGGAGACAAAAUCGACCAUGUUUAUUCUAAUAAACAAAUUAACAACGUUGCUAAUCUUUUACUAAA